AAAGUUUUUUUCGUACUGUUUUGCCCUCCUUCAGAAUUCCACAAGAUUUGGUGAGGUAUUGGCAAUAUCAAGGUGUAUGGCACAUGUAUUUUCAACAAGGACUGACUCACAGGGGUGUAAGGAACAUCUAACAGCACUGCAGGAUGCCAUACACAUGCAGAAGACAGACAAUGUCACUUUGAAAGAGACACUAGAUGAAGACCACAGUGCAGUUGAUUUUGAAGACGCAGAGAUUAACAGAACUCUCACAAAAUCCUCCCCGUUCUUUGCUCCUAUCAAAGAUGUCAUCACCAAAGCACAAGAGGAAGCAGGGAAGGAUGAUGACACAGAAGGAGCAGUCCAACCAAAUCCGCAUUAUUGUCCAACACUUGUGGAUAUCAUUCUCCAGUAUAGUGGUACUGUGCCUCUUUGGACAGGUGUGAUGCUCAAACAUCUUGGCAAAACCCGAGACAGUAAUGCUGUUGUAGAGAACUGGUUCCGCACAACAAAAAAAGUAAUUCUCUCCUCAAGAUUGCACCGGAGAGCAGGAGACUUCCUCCAGCUUCAGCACGAGUUUGUGGUUGGAAGACUUAAGGGAGUUACAUUGUUGGGAAAACGUGUGCCUCCUACAAAGUCUGAAGAGACAAAUAAACAGGACGGCCCAGAGACACUUCCAUUGUCUCAAGAGGAAACAUGGAGGAAGCGAAGUAAAAAUAAUAAAAGAAAGUCCAAGUACUUCAGCCCCCCUCCUCCAACGAAAAAGAGAGCUGUUCAGGCAAAAACAUACAUACCUAAUAAAACAUCGUCAGAUGCAGGAGAAAAGCAAAAGGGAUCCUGUCCACAUUGGGGAGGAGAGGGAAUCAUUGGACAACAAAGAGUGUCAAUAACAAACACCUGUACAAUUGACAACCUCCUGUACAUGCUGCAUCUCUCGAUGAAGAGGAGACCAUGCAUUAAAAACGAUCUGAAAAUAGUUGCUCACCUUGACCCGUGGAUUUCUACCCUGCUUGAAGUUAACCAGCUAUUUGAACAGAGGGAGUGGUCCCAGGGAAAGCUGCUGUGGCUGAACAAAAUUGACAGAUUCAAGGGAAACUCAUGGGAUUGCUUCGGGACUGAGGAAGACUUUGUUGCUUCUCGACUGGACUACUUGGUCAAAACUGAAAUCCAACAGAAUUGCAAGAAUUCUGCUUGCCCUGUGGCAAAAAGGACAUGCAACUCUGUUGACAUCAUAUGUGCAGAUUUUGGGAACUUACAGGCUGAUAUUGACAAGUGGGCAAAUGAAUCCCUAAGAGUUCUUCCUUGCAAAAGGUAAGUUCAUGCAUAUAUUUCAGAUAAUUCAUUGUUAAAAGUAUAUACCUAACAGUUCCACUGAUCUACGUACAUUGUAAAUAAUUGCUUUAGGUAUGAAGACCAACUAUACAUUUAGCUGACCUUUAUCAAUCAUAUAGAUGUGACCAUUGUACUGUUACAUUAAUUCAAUGUUCUCAAAACAUUUAAAAAAGUCUCUCUGAACCUAGUCAUGGAAAGCCUUUAUGCAAUUAUAAGCAACAGAGAAAUAUCACCCAAAUUUUACAAAAUUAAACCAUUUCAAGCCUGCCUCAGCAUCAAGGUUGAGCCGCUUUUUGUUAUUAAAGUUUCAAUGCUCUAAUAAGUCGAGUUGAGUUUAACAUUUCAUUUUAUUAAGCCAAUUAGUCUUUAUUCUUCCAUUUAUCUCAACAGCUCUGAAACCAUGCCCUAUUAAUGAGACAACACAGCAGCGUGUCUUCGUGCAUGGAGAGCCAUGUAUUUUACUUGUCUCAGUAAUCAACCAUGGGAACCUAACAAACAGGCAUCAUCCUACAGCCUUGCCACAUCUGGUAACAAUUCUUGGUGGAAAGUAAGACUCACAUACAGUACAUAUAAUGUAAUUGGCUGUGUUAAGAUUUUGCUGUUUGUUUGAACUUGUUCCAUGAGUUUAUAUUAAUAUUUUACAGUCUUUUGUAUAAUACUCUUGUCACAAAGGUACCAGCCAGCUGCUGUGACAUAUCACCUGCCUUCAAACCACUUUGUGGCAUUCCACAAAUUAGGUUUGGAUAGAAGCUGGCAUUUUUAUGAUGGCCUUGAAGAAGGUAAAAAGCCCGGAAGAGGAGAUACUGUCAUCAAAGAGACGACCAUCCAAAAAUAAACUUGGGGCCAACUCCUGUGUUGGCCACAUUGUUAUGGUCAGAGUAAGUUUGAACGACUAAUUUACGAAAAAGAAAGCCUUAACAUGUCAAAAUAAUUUAAGUCCUGCAUGCCAUCAAUAACCCCCCCAUAAAAAUCAUUGCAAAUCUUCUUCUGCUUUACAACAAAGCAGCAGAAGCUGUUGAAGCCAGGCGCAUUCAGAAUGAAGAGCUGGUGGAAAUAGUCGUGAACAACGGCGUAGAUGAAAGACUCCCGUAAUCCCAUUUCUUUAUCUCAUGAAACAGAAUUUCUUUAAUAUCUCUGUGUGAGCCUAAUCGAAUGUACUUGUGUGUUGUUUCACUGUGUGGGCAUUGAGUGGCGCUCUGCUCUUACCUGAACGCAGGUGUAUAGGUAGAAAGACACUAUAGUUUGGUAGGGUAGGUAUAACUGCUCCCAAACGUAUUAUGACAUAUGAACGACGCUUCACUGAUGUUCGUUGACGUUUUUUUAGUACUUAAUUGGUUCCAGCAACGUCACUGUGAAAAAACGAAAUAAAUACACAAAUACAAAGUACACAAAUACAAAAAAAUAUUGUACAUCUAAAAAAAUAAACAAACAUACCGUGUGCGCCUUGAUGUCAAUGUUCAGGAGAGUUAGCUUUCACAUAGUUUUGUAAUUUUUCCAUCCUCUCUUCAGCACCGCCGGCUUUUUAUUAUCCAACAGGUGAACACUACGUGACUAAACGAUAUAUACAAUUUGACCAGCACCUCAUUUAAGUCUGCAUUCAUAAAAUAUAUUUCAGAACCACUAUUUAGCCAUUUAACAAUUAGCCAUUUAAAAAUAAUAAUUAAGAAUUUAAAUGUGUAAUCAGUUACAACAUGUGACGUUAAUUACCUCAAAUUAAAAAGGUUUCACAAAUCUGAAACUAUGUUUUAUAUAAUGUAUAGCCUCACUGUGAUAAUGUAGUCCAGACCUGAAGAG